GCCCACUAAGGAAAGAGAGUCCAUUGAAGCAGGAGCUUCCAAAAGAGAGAGGUGGAAUUUGCUGGAAUCGUCUGGUUAUCAGGAUCAAUUAUCAGAAACCUAAAAUAUCUAUUGAGCCAUUUCUGAAUUUUUAUUUCAACAAAAGAGGAGAAGCAGAAGCAGAAGAAGAAGAAGAAACUGAAAGAGACACCCACAUAACCAACUUAUGAUACGUGGCAUAUUCAAAUCUAAUAAGAAGUUCGCUUGGAAUGCCAGAUGCCAUGGACGGUAAGGACACCCAGAUGACGGAUACAGAGACUUUGACUUUGACUUCGGCGGCUGUACCUCACCAAGUCGCCAACGAUGUCGUCAAAGAGAUGCUCACAUUGGCUCGUCAGCUCAUUAACGAGGGUAAACCUUCUCAGGCUCUCCAAGCGGUUGUUGUGGCAAUACGUACCAAAGGUGGAGAUGAGGCUGUGUUUCAGUCCCUGAAUCAUGCUCGUGAACUGUAUAGAAACAGGCUGCAAGAGAACACCGCCAUUGAUCAACUUGCUGCUGUGUUUGCUGAGUGUGCAAUUGCUGAAGUGCAGCCUUCUGAAGUUGAACCAUUACCACUUAAUGUAGGUGGCCCAUCGUUAGAUGUUCAUGCAAACUCUAUACUUGCGGACACUGGUAGGAUGCAAAUUGUGUUGGAUGCGUUCUCAGAUGGAAGCAACUUCAUCUGUUUGCAGUGUGGAGGUCUUGUUAGUAACCAUCGCAGAGACGAGCACUAUGCCUACUGGUGUUGCCAACUCUGAUGUGCAGGAAUAUAGAAUUGAAUAUCUGUAGUGCUCCUUGAAAUGCUUGAUUUGCUUACUGUUGCCCUACUACAUUUGACUACACAAUGCCCUUGAUGAAAGGGUAUUUUCAUCAUCCAAUGUGCCAGAUGUGAUCAUUAUCAUCAGUCAAAACUUCAACUGCUUGAAGAAGGGUGCACGGGCCCCUCAUA